ACAGAGAGAGAAAAGAUGCAUACCAGCCUUCCAUGCAGCCAGGACCGGAUGAAUUAUUAUUGUGUUGAUGAGGUGGAGGUUGAGCGUAUUGAGGAGCAUAUGGCGGAGGAUAGCCCUGCGCUGGGUACGGCGGCGGAGGAUAUCCUUGUUGUGGUGGAUAUCCCGGCGGUGGAUACCCCUGAGGCGGAUACCCCUGCGGCGGAUAUCCGUCCUUUCCGUACCCUUCCGGCGGAUAACCUUCAAAAUCAGAAUCGCAAAUUAAACGAACUGACUGACCUUGAGGCGGUGGAACUCCGACGGGGGGCUGUUGCUGGUUGUAAUAACUCAUGGCGUCGGUGAUGAGAUGAGGGAAAUAAUGGAUCGAUGGAUGGAUAUUUAUGUAUUUAUUCAACAACACUCAAUGCAAACAAAACAGAACAUAGUGGUUGGCUUCGAGAAGGAA